UAGGCAGCGAGGAAGGAUCUUUAUUUGGCGACCGGAGCGGCAGCGGGCAGGGCAGAUAGACAGAGGGGGAUCCCCGGGAUAGUUUUACACCAAAAAUACUCGGGUAAAUAACAACAACUACACGCGUGGAGGGCCCUCGGAAGACCAGUAAGCGUUUCAUCUUCUCAGUGAGAAGAUGUCAGAAGACGCAGUGCGUCAGACACGUAGUCAAAAGCGGGCGCUGGAGCGAGAUGCCCCUGCUUCGGAGGCUGACUUGAAGAGGGUCAAGCUGGAGAGCGGAGAGCUGGGAGCUGUAGAUGGACUGAAGACCAGAAGCGAACAGGCCAACAAGGUGGCUAACAUCCUGCGGGCCGGGGAGGUGAAGGCCACCAUCAAGGUGGAGGUGCAGACCAGCGACGAGCCUGUGGACAUGAGCACAUCUAAGAGUGACAUAAAGAAAGAGAGACCUCCAACGCCAGAUGAUGUCAUUGUUCUGUCGGACAAUGAGCCCUCUAGUCCGUGUAUGAAUGGGGUCAGCUACAGUUUUAAGAAGACGGAUACUGAGAUGCUUAUGAAGAGCAGCCCGGCUGAACGUGAGCGCAUCAUCAAACAGCUGCAGGAAGAACUGCGUCUACAGGAGGCCAAACUCGUCCUGCUGAAGAAACUCCGACAGAGUCAGACCCAAAAAGAUGUUGUGCAAAAGUCAACCAAUUCUGUGGCUGCUCCGCCACCUCUCGUCAGGGGCAGCAUCUCGUCCACUAAAGGACCCCUACAGGUCUCCAACCGAAACUCAGGGACAGUCAUUCCUCCUCCUCUGGUUCGAGGUGGAGCGCAGGUCUCCAAGCACGGCUCCCAUAAUACCGUAGUCAUGCCACCCUUAGUCAGAGGCUCCCAGCCCAUCACUGUGACCCCGCAGCAGAUUGCGACCCUACGGCAGCAGCAACAACACUCGGGGACUGGUCCCCCUCCUCUGCUGCUGGGCGCGCGCACCUCCGUACAGGUGCAGGGCCAGAGGAUCAUUCAGCAGGGCCUGAUCCGUGUGGCCAAUGUAGCCAAUGCAAACGUUCUGGUCUCACAGGUCUCUUCCACCGGUUUGAAGAGCUCUCAGUCUGGUCUGGGCAGCAGCACCUCUGUCAGCGCCAAUGAGUCUCCUGCCAGCCGACGGGCCGCCGCCAAGCUUGCGUUACGGAAACAGCUGGAGAAAACCCUCCUUGAGAUACCACCACCUAAACCUCCAGCACCAGAGCUCAAUUUCCUGCCCUCGGCAGCGAAUAAUGAGUUCAUCUACCUGGUGGGGCUGGAAACGGUGGUCCAGAACCUGCUAGAUACACUGGCUAAAAGUAAGCAUCCGCAGACAGAGUCUGCAUCUACCCCGGCACCCAAGGAGCCCUUCACUUGCGCCCAGUGCCAGACGGACUUCACCUCUCGCUGGAGGCAGGAGAAGAGCUGUGACUCCAUUCUCUGUGAGCAGUGCAUGAGCUCCAACCAGAAGAAGGCCCUGAAGGCUGAGCACACCAGCCGCCUGAAGGCCGCCUUCGUCAAAGCCCUGCAGCAGGAGCAAGAGAUCGAGCAGCGCAUCCUGCAGCAGGCUGCCUCGUCUGUCUCCAAGACCACCACCACCUCAUCUUCUUCCUCCUCAUCCUCGCCGGUGAUUAAAUCCGAUCACGUGCUGGUGUCGCCACAGUAUAAGCAGGUGAGCACGUCGCUGACUCAGCAGACCAACAGGGGCACGUCGGUCGGUCGAUACCACGCCACCACCAUCAAGCAGACUCCAGGCCAGCUGUCCCGUAGCGUACAGCAGGCAGUGAGUGCGGGGGCACGCAGGGUGAGCCACAGCUUUUCCACUUCCUCCCAGCUCCAGAACGCCGUCAAGACCGCCGCGCUGGUCAGCAGGCCAGGUAAGCAUGUCGUGAGGGCAGGGGAAAAGGGCACCAGCAGCAGAAACCCCACCACCAAUACCUGGAGGAAACAGAACAGCGGCACCGCAGGUGUCACCAUGGCUUAUGUCAACCCCAGUCUGUCUGUGCACAGGACAACAUCUCCGGUGGACCGUCAGCGAGAGUACCUCUUGGACAUGAUCCCUUCCCGCUCCAUUUCCCAAACGGCAAACACAUGGAAAUAAUGCCCUGAUUAAAUCACUCAAAUUUCUCAGAAUUAUAAUCCUGUCUUUUUGGACAUUCGGUCGGGUUAUCAGUAUCAGACAACCAGCCGUUAAGCAAUAAUAAAAA